AUGGGCCAAUCCAUCGGAGCUUUAUUCCCACUACAUCUGGGACUUUGGUGUGGAAACUUGCUCUUUCGUUCCCUCGGCCCCUUGACUCGAAGAGUGAGCUGGCACCGCGUCAUCAAGGGACCAUGCUAUCCACCCAAGGCGGAGGCCAUGCGAUAUGUUGCCUCGCAUACAAGUAUUCCAGUGCCUAAGAUCUACGCUGUUCACGCCGAAGAGGAUGGGUUCAUGUACAUCGUGAUGGCGUAUGUCUGGGGCGACACAUUGGCCUACUGUCCUCGGCUCUUCGAAAUCCUGCCUAUGACUGCCGUAUCGGAGUCCGGUCUUUCGGCCCAAUGA